AUGUCGCUCAAGCAGGAGAUUGAGACAUGGGUGCGAGCAUUGGAACACUACGACAACAAUGAGUUUGAUGCUGCUCUGAGAGCAUUCAUGACAGUUGCAGACACGUCGAAGAUACUCUUCAACUGUGCCGUAAUACACGCAACGUUAGGAGAGCAUACUCAAGCUGUUCAGUGUUAUCAACGAGCAGUCCACUUUGAUCAAUACAUGGCGAUAGCCUACUUCCAGCAGGGCGUGUCAAACUUCUUACUAGGCGAUUUCGAAGAGGCACUUGCGAAUUUCAACGACACAUUACUGUACCUGCGUGGCAACAGAUGGAUUGACUAUGACCAGCUGGGCCUCAAGUUCAAACUUCAUUCUUGCGAAGCACUUUUUAACCGAGGUCUUUGUUACAUCUACCUCCAGCAAAGAGCUGCUGGCCUGCAGGAUCUAUUCUACGCUUCCAAAGAAAAGGCUGUGCCGGAUCACGAUGUUAUCGACGAAGCGAUACGUGAACAAGCCGAGGGCUAUACUGUCUUCUCAAUCCCAGUCGGCACAGUUUACAGACCCAAUGAGGCUAAAGUCAAGAACAUCAAAUCCAAAAAUUACCUGGGCACAUCAACACUUGUUCGAGCUCAAGACAGAUCCAACCAAGUCUAUCUGGAUACACGACGUAAUCUCACGGCUUCCAGCUUCGCAGUGGAUGAUCGUCCUGAGGAGAAGCUAUCGUAUGCGGCUUUGAAUCUCGUCAGACCAGGUAUUGCAAGCCGUUCGCGUCAGCAAUCAGAGCCACCAAUCCACAGGAAUAUGUUCCCACCGACACCACCACCAGAGGCUGAUAGGGCAGCAUCGACCGCGACGACGAAUACCAAACGUAAAUCCACCGAAAGCACAACCAGUCUAUCGUCCGGAAUGCAUCAGAGUCGUCCAUCGAUAUCGAAGCCUGCAAAACUGGACCUGGGCGCUGCAGCCUUCAAACAGGCGUCCUCGUCCACGACUUCCUUGGUCAUCGAGAAGCCACGGCUGGGAACCAAGAGAUCUGCUUCUGAAAGACCCAGAGCUCGAGACACACAUCCUUCACGCUCAAGCCCUCCAAGAGUACGUGAGAACGAUAGACACUCCGACUCACACCGCGCAGCCGAAGAUGAUGCACACAUGUUGCGACCAGAUGUGUACACGCCCGACACAGCAUCUGCUGCCGUACAACAAGCACUUUCCGAACCUGAGAAACUGCAACCGAUGUCUUUCCCUCACCAACACCAGCGAACUAGAUCAGGGGGACAAUCGUUACGCGAAUAUCCUCGAUCGAUCGCCGAAGAAGACGAGACCGUCGACACGAACAAUGAUGUACAAAUACCAACCUUCGACAAUACCUACACCUCACCCAUCCAAACUCUUCAAACCACCAUCGCCGCCGCUCUCCCAUACGAAAUCACACCCGCUCACUUACUACAACCUACUCUUCCCACUCUCCGCAAAAUCCGCGUCAAAGUCUUUGCAACAGACACACGCUAUGUAAUGAUACAACCUGACGUCAACUACGACACCUUUGUCGAACAAAUACGCAAAAAAUUCGGCUACACAGGAAAGGACAGUUUCAAAUUGAAAAUGAAAGAUGAAGAAGGUGAUAUGGUUACGAUGGGUGAUGAAGAUGAUUUGGAAAUGUUGGUGAUGACGGCGAAAGAGCAGGCUGCAAAAGAUGGAGCGGAGAUGGGGAAGAUGGAGGUUUGGGUGCAAGAGAUUCAAUGAGUGUAAUGUGCAUUGGUUUUGGCUCAUUGUUCACUUCUUCCGUCUUCGCAGUUCUGCUUGUGGUCUAUUUUUGGUUGCACUCGCCGUGUAGAUUGUUGUAAUUCAGGAUACCCCUCUUUCUUACCAAAUAGUAUGCU